CUUUAGGUGAUCACGCCAGGCUGAGGCAAUGGGUAACCAACAUGAAGAGAAAGGACUGGACCCCCAACACGUAUUCACGUCUGUGCAGUAUGCACUUUACGGAGGACCAGUUCUUCACACCUCAGGGCAAGAGGAGGCUGACGAAAACCGCUGUUGCUACCAUUUUCAACUUUCCACCACAUCUGUUGAAAAAAACCACUACCAUGGCCAUGCGGACCAAGUUGGUAAGUAUGAUUAUGGAGGUAAGUGACAGUUUGGUUUGUACAUCUGUCCCUUCAUGCUCUUCAUCCAGCUAUCUUACACAGCCUCCCAACAGGCCGGGACCUGUUACACCUUCAUGUCCUGUGUUAGAUGAUGAGGCUGUUGCUGAUUUUGACAAUGGAGAUAGUGGUAGUAAUGCUGAUCAUAACAAUGCCAUUGUGGAGGAAAACACGGCUGAGAAGACCAAUGUUGUUGACGGUGUUCUUCACGAUGACAUUGUGAUGAUUGAUGUCCAUGCUGAUGUAGAGGAGGCUGUCACCGAUGACAUAACUGAGUGUACCACAAGCGUAGACUCACAAUCAAUUUUGCCUGAUCAUAACUACAUCUGCACAACACAAAAGCACAAUGUUGCUGUGUUUGGUGAUCACAGCUACAAAACACUUAAACGUCGCGCAAAUGCAGUACAGGAUCAGCUUUUUGUGGCUCGCAAAAAGCUUAGAUUGAAGCAUCAGCAGACAAGGAGAUUGAAGUCAAAACUCUCCUCCUUGAAAGGUCUGACAAAGGUUCUUCAGAAAAAAUUGCUGAUCUCCAGUGAAUGUGCAGCUCUUCUGGAUUCUAUAAAUGAUGUUCCAAGGGAACUUCUGAGGAGAAUUCAGUUGAAGAAGAAAUCUGCAACAUUUUGUGAAUAA